AACAAGUUCCCAGGUUCCAUCUUUGAAGAGUUAGGUCUCUCCCGUAGAAGGGCAGCCUGUUUUGGUUCCCAGGCACUGCUGAAGUCUCCUGAUGUCUGCUGAAACACCUUCAGAUGUAGACCUCGGGAAGCGGACCCUCAAAAAGCCAUGUUCUUUCUCCAUCGAGAAUAUCCUCUCUGGCCCAGCAGAGAGAAGACCCCCAGUCCUUCUCCCGUUUUGCUUCCGAGGGAUCUUGGACUGUGAACCCAAAGGGCUAUGCACGCUGGGGGGCCUUGCCGCUGGGUCUCUGCAGGAUGAGGAAGAGGUGGAAGAGGUAGAGAUGGACCUUGGGCAAUGUGGCUGUUGCUGCUGCUUUCAUAACAGCACCUAUUCAUGGCAAGAGGCUACAAACUGGCUCGCAGACACAAGGUUUCCGUGGCCCAUGCGGGUUUUCCAUCCCGUCGGCAGGCCAUGCAAGAACACUCGGGGGAGCCAGAGCGAGCUGCAAACUUUCCACCAGAUCCAGCGACGGACCCGCCGUCACCGCACUAUCUUCACUGAAGACCAACUGCAGGCCCUGGAAGCCCUCUUCCACCAGAACCAAUAUCCAGACGUCAUCACCAGAGAGCACCUGGCCAACCGCAUCCACUUGAAAGAAGAGAGGGUAGAGGUUUGGUUUAAAAACCGCCGAGCCAAAUGGCGGCACCAGAAGAGAGCUUCAGCGCUGGUCCUUCAAGGGGCCAAGAAGCCUUCCGAGGGAAACUGCUGAUGAUUGGGAGUGAAGUCUGCCUGGGCUGAAUUUGGCGAGCGAUGGUGGCCCUUUGGUUUCCGCGCAUCUCAACGGGAGAGAGUGAGGAGAAAUGGAACAGUGAUGCAAAACAGGGAGGAUUUAUUAAGAGGCAAAAUAAAAGAUGGUAUAUUU